AUGGUCAAGCCGACGUUGAUUGUCGACACGAUCAAGCUCGCGCUUGUCGCGUUCCUUACGAUGCUCCUCAACAUGCUGCAGCCAUCGUCGUCCAAGGCGCUCGAGUCGUCCGUCGAUUCGCUCUGGGCCGACGACGAGGAGAAGGUCGUGACGACGCCGUCGAGCAAGACGCGCAAGACCAAGGCGCGUCGGGCCAAGACCAAGGUCGAGAACGAAGCCAUCGUGGACAUCCUCAAACGCCGCGCCCUCGAGACGCCCGACAAGGUUGUCUACACCUUCCUCGACGACGCCGGGAAGGAGAGCGUCAACCUCACGUUUGCGGACGUCGACCGUGCUGCCCGCCGCGUGGCCGCCACUUUGCAGCAAGAUGCAGGUUUGAAGAAGGGCGACCGUGUCAUGCUCGCGUAUCCUCCGGGCCUCGACUUUGCCAUGGGCUUUUGGGGUUGCCUCUACGCCGGUGCGAUCGGCAUUCCCGUCUACCCGCCGUACCCGGGCACGCUCGCCAAGGACCUCCCCAAGUUUAACCGCAUGGUCGACGAUUCGGGCGCCAAGGUCAUCUUGACCAACCGCACGUAUUACAUGGCGACGCAGCUCGCGACCGCCAAGAGCUUCUUCUCGAGCUCGGUCACGUGGCCCAAGGACAUUCAGUGGUUUUCGACCGACGCGAUUGCAUCGGCGAUGGCCGACAACUACACGCCGGUCGAGUGUACCUUUGACGACAUUGCGUUCUUCCAGUACUCGUCCGGCUCGACGUCCGAGCCCAAGGCCGUCAUGAUCUCGCACGGCAACAUCCACGCGCAGCUUAAGACGUGGGCGUCGAUCCGCGAAGACGACACGAUGGUGUCUUGGCUGCCGUCGUACCACGACAUGGGCCUCGUCGGCUUCAUCCUCGUGCCGUGUUCGACUGGUGCUCGGUGUAUCUCAAUGUCGCCGCUGGCGUUCAUCAAGGACCCUGCGCUCUGGAUGCGUGUGGCGUCGCAGUACAAGGGCACGCACGUGUGCGCCCCAAACUUUGGCUAUGCACUCGUGGCCCGCAAGACGUCCAAGGCGCAGGUCGCCAAGCUCGACCUUCGCCACUUGCGUCAGUGUAUUUGUGCAGCCGAGCCCAUUCGCAUCGAGUCGCUCAACGCAUUCACCGAGACCUUUGGUCCCGCGGGCUUCAACCCCAAAACGUUCAACUGCGGCUACGGCCUCGCCGAGGUGACGCUCGUUGUGACGGGCCAAGACCCGUACAAGCUCCAGGACCCGACUGUCCUCGUCCUUAAGAAGAGCGAUCUCGAACAACGCAAGAAGGCUGUGGACGCACCCAAGGGCUACCACCCUGUCGAUACGUGCACGCUUGUCGGCUGUGCUCAAGGACAACGCCGUCGGUGA